GGGAGGCAAUAAAACAGGUCAAGAUACGAAAGGAUGUGCUAGCUCGGUACCGACAUCAGCAACGUGGCAGAGAAAUCGUGGCACUGAAAGCAGACGAACGAACGUGGAACACUCUCAACUUGAACACUGAACAUGGAUGCUGCACCACUACUCUCUCUGCUCUUGUCGGCCCUGCUGUCUUGCUGCUAUGCAGGGGAGACAACUGUGACUCAGAAGGUGUACUUCGACAUUGCUAUCGGGGGUCAGUCUGCCGGGCGGAUCGUGUUCGGCCUGUUCGGAGAGACCGCUCCCAAGACUGUGGACAACUUCUUCACUCUUGCCACUGGCAGCCUCGGAUUUGGCUACGCCGGAAGUAGCUUCCACAGGGUCAUCAAGGACUUCAUGAUUCAAGGUGGCGACUACGACAAGAAAGACGGCUCCGGCAUCAAGAGCAUCUACGGGGGUUACUUCGACGACGAGAGAUUCACCCUGAAGCACUAUGGCCCUGGCUGGAUCAGCAUGGCCAAUGCCGGUCGUAACACCAAUGGCUGUCAGUUCUUCAUCACCUGCAAGCCGACCCCAUGGCUGGAUGGAAAACACGUCGUCUUCGGCAAGGUUCUUGACGGCAUGGACGUAGUGGAGGAGAUCGCCAGCGUGGCCACCGACGACAACGACCACCCCUUAAAGUCCGUCAUCGUGUCCGAGUCGGGAGAGAUCGCACUUGGGGAACGAUUUGACGUAUCCACAACGUACAAUGCGGCAUAGGAUGCUGUGGGCUUGAGACCGUCCAAGAUUGAGAUUUGUGUUCAUGUAAAAGCUUGUAAAGAUGUUUAAGAUGGUGUUCGGAAAAGUUAUGAGAACUGGCAGGUUUCAAUACCUAAGAGAUAUCUGAACGUCAUGCGCACAAUUUAGACGAAGGUGAAUGCCACAGAGGUCAGCAGUCACGGCAUCGUCACGAAAUUAACCUGAUUAAAACUUAAAAUUAAUUCUGCCAGCAUCAAGUUUUCUGCUUUCAAGUAUGUUUUAUUAUUAGAUCCGAUGUGAUGACGAAAUGAAAACAGAGAGACACCCCUAAAAAUGGCGCAAAAUAUCGUUCUUGAUAAUCAAAAAAUGUUUGACCUUGUCACUCAAGGUUUUGGUGCUAUGUCCUUCAUCAGUGAAACCAGAGAGUCUCAAUUUUACCACCCUCGAUUAUCCAGUGACUUAUAGUAUAUGCUACACUGGAUAAUCGAGGCUACUAUUUGAAUUGUGAUUUCUGAUGUUUUGAGACACGCAAUGAUCAUGCUUAGGAAUUGUCUGCGAGUUUGUGUUUGUAUGUCGUGGAGAGUGAGAGGAGAUGUGUGUUUCGUGGUAAUGUAUUUGAAGGCUGUUUAUCGUCAUUUAGUCAUCAUGAAAGCACUCUCUGGUACCUCGGAGGAUGUGUACCCCCACCAUGUCGAGAUGUACAUUACUACGGGGUGUCAGAGGGGUCAGCUAUAUCGUAAACUCGUUUGGAAUUGAAACAUUCCCAUUUUAGUCACCCACAGCUUCGUAUGUCAGAUUAUUUACAUCCCACGGGCACUUGGGGGGAUUUUGAAAAUAAUAUGACCGGAAAUUUAAUGCUGUUUUUUUUUUUUAAAUGAGUUACUGUCAGUUGUAAAUGGUUCCUUUUUUGUACGAGUUCACUGCAGACACCUCGCCCUUGAUGUUAUCUGAGAAACGAUCGCCACCACUCGCCUGUAUUCGGGGAGUAAUCGGCAAUGGGGAGUAACCGGAAUGGCACGAGUGGUGACGAAUAACUCCGACAAAACGCGAGUGAAGAAUUUCACAAGUUUACACAGAUCAAAUCCGUCCUAUAAAGUGCUUUAAUAAUUUGUAAGGGUUUCAGAUGCUAUUUAACUACAACGGGCACUGAAAUAAUAAUGAUGAUAAAUAUUAUUCACGAUGUAUGCUGGAAAGGAAUAGACGUUUCUUAUAUAUGUGUGUGUUCCAAUAGAUAGGUAUUAUCAAUUCGUAUCUAUAUUGUUGGACCAAGUUAAUCAAAGGCAGAGAAUAGGACAUUGUCAGCGUCGAUGUAACUUACGUGACAUUCUUGUUAACUGAAGACGGGUUCCCAGUAGCAGAGAGCCAAUAGGAUUUUAUGUCCCUUGUAGCAGAUAAAGAUAAUGUUUCAAUUCCCACUUCAAUGUAGAUGUUUUGUGAAUUUAGUGAAGAGCCCGCGUAUGCCAAAGUAUGACUAGAUCGUUCGCCGUACUUGUUCCAAAAGUGCCAAAAUAUUUGAUAUAAUUUUUAUGCAAAUUAUACUUAAUUUGAAGGUUUUUGUAAUUUCUUUUUAAAUACACCAAACUAUUUUAAUUGUCUAAUUUUGAGGUUUUUUUCAACAUUUUUAAAACAUAUUUUUUUAUUGUUGUUUAUGAGAUGAUAUGUAUUGAUAUUGUGCAAUUGAACAUUACCAUUCUUGUGAUAUUACAAUAGGUGAUAUUGCCUGUCCGAUAAUGUUGUUUUGUAUGUGUUUUACAUUUCAAUUUUAAAUAAAAAGAUUCAACUGCCA